UCUUACGGAAGCCGAGGCGGAGGGUUGAAAUCCGGAAGAAAAACAAUCGGGAGAGGGAGCUGGCCGGCUGCACCUGCUGCCCGAGGGGGGCCGAUCGGGCCAGGACAGGCUGCCGCGGGGAGACGCGAGCCGGCCGGGCCACCGCGUGGGGACGAUGGCGGCCAUGAACCCACAGACCGAGCUGAGAGUCAGGACGCUCAGCAUACAUGUCGUGACAUGGAACGUGGCCUCUGCAGCACCCCCUCCAGACCUCAGUGAUCUGCUUCAGCUGAACAACCUGAACCUGAAUCUGGACGUGUAUGUCAUUGGUUUGCAGGAAAUGAACUGUGGGAUCAUGAGCCUCCUUUCUGACACUGCCUUUGAAGACCCAUGGAGCAGUUUCUUCAUGGAUGUGCUUUCCCCUCUGAGCUUCGUCAAGGCCCAAACCUCAGUUGCACGUGGCUCCCUGGAGCUCCUGCCUGCCUUGUGUCGUUCAGAGGUCUCCAGUGUCCGCAUGCAGGGGCUCCUCUUACUGAUCUUUGCCAAAUAUCAGCAUUUGCCCUUUAUCCAGAUCCUCUCUACUAAAUCCACCCCCACUGGCCUCUUCGGGUACUGGGGGAACAAAGGGGGCGUCAACAUCUUCCUGAAGUUUUACGGCUACUAUGUCAGCAUCAUCAACUGCCACCUGCCCCCCCACAUGGCCAAUAAUGACCAGCGGCUGGAGCACUUUGACCGGAUCCUGGAGAUGCAGAAUUUUGAGGCACAGGAUAUCCCCAACAUCCUGGACCACGACCUCGUUCUCUGGUUUGGAGACAUGAACUUUCGGAUUGAGGACUUUGGGUUGCACUUUGUUCGGGAAUCCAUAAAAAAUCAGUGCUACAGUGACCUGUGGGAGAAGGAUCAGCUCAGCAUUGCCAAGAGACACGACCCACUGCUCCGGGAGUUCCAGGAGGGCCCCCUGCUCUUCCCGCCCACCUACAAGUUUGAUAAGAACUCCAACAACUAUGACACCAGUGAGAAAAAGCGCAAGCCCGCAUGGACCGACCGCAUCCUGUGGAGGCUGAAGCGGCAGCCCCAGGCCACCAUCCACACCCCGACGCUGUCAGCCCCCCACUUCACCCUGUUUCUGAGGAGCUACGUCAGCCACAUGCUGUACAGCAUCAGUGACCAUAAGCCUGUCACUAGCACCUUUGACUUGGAGCUGAAGCCAUUGGUAUCUGCCCCACUGAUCACCCUGCUGCCCGAGAGCCUGUGCACCGAGGAGAGCGACCUGCUGAUCAGCUACUCCCUGACCGCAGACUUCCUCAGCAGCCCCUGGGACUGGAUUGGCCUGUACAAGGUGGGGCUGCGCCACAUUAAUGACUACGUGUCGUAUGUCUGGGUCAGGGACAACCAGGUCUCCUUCAGCGACGGGCUGAACCAGGUGUACAUCGACAUUAGUGACAUCCCUGAGACUGAGGAUCAGUUUCUCCUUUUUUACUAUAGCAACAACCUACAUUCUGUGGUGGGGAUAAGCAAACCCUUCAAGAUCCAGCCUCGCUCCUUCUUGGCGGAGGGCCCCCUGGAUGAAGCCCAACCACAGAUCUGAGCCGGGAUAGAGUGAAUCCAGGGCGGAGGCUGGAGCUGGCAGCCAGCUCUGCCUACCACUGCCAGGAGUGCUGGGGGCCCAGCCCGGCUCCCUGAGGAGGCAGCGGUAUCCUCCACCUCCCAGGGGGACCUCUAGCCACACUCCUUUGCUCUCUCCAGUCCAGAUCUCUGGAAUCAGCCCCUUAAAUACAGGUUUUUGUUGCUGAGGUGUGAGUGAAACCAGCUAGUUUGUCAACAGUGAAGAUCUAGACAGUCCACUGGAUGUGGGAAGGACCCUCCGGCCUGCAUCUCAUUUCUUGAUUUCCCACACACACACUUCCAGCCCCGCCCAAGCAGGCCUGCCAGGCACAUGCCCCAUCUGGCACAGGCCUGCAUUCUUGUCACGCCACCCUGGGCCUUAGGCUGCCUGGGAGGGGGAGAUGCUCCCAUUUGUACAGGCUGCGGAGACUGGUUGGCCCACAUAGCACUGGGUUCCAGGAGUCUUGGCAUCUCGUUGCCUGUCCCCCUGAGGGGUGGGCAGAGGAUCUGGGAUCCCUGCUUUCAGCAGAAGUAGAUGACUAAGUAGGCAGGAUGGAGGAGCCCUCCACCCAGGCUCUUCUGUAGGGGUUGUGGGCAGGCUGAUGUGUGUCCUUCUGCCAGCAGCACACACACCCCACCCCCACCCCUGGCUCAAGGAGUCCAACUCAGGAAGUUCCAGGGUCUGAGCAGAGGACUGGACCCAGGUUCGCUUCUGCUAGUGGGUCAGGCUCCAUGCCCCCAACCUGCCCUCUUGUGAAGGGCUGGCAGGUGGUAGAGGACCUACGGCCACAGACUUUUCCAGGGUAGUCCUUGCCCCGUCCAGGUCGUCUGCCCCUACCCUCGCCUGCCAUCACAGGCCAGAAACCUGCCCUUUGUCUAGACCACUGUGGGACCUAGAAGUGGGGGCAGGCGGAGAGGAGAGUCAGAAUCAAGAUGUUCUGGAGAAUCUGGCCCGGGGGUCUUCAGAGAGCAUUCUCCAGCUGCUGUGUGGACACGGCCCGGCCCCACUCCCACCAUUUGCCUCCAGCCGCCGUUGACUCUACAGCCUGUUUCCGAGGAGAAGACACCUCAGGGAGCCUGCUCUGUGACUAUUAACACCCAGCCUAUGACCUGAGACUGAGGGACACUCCAGUUGCUCUGCAUUCCUACUUCUCCCUGGGAGCCAUCAGGAACUGUCCCUCUGGCUUCUAGCAGGCCAUGGCCGUCUGUGUUCUGUGGCUGUUGCAUUGGGGGAUAAUUAGAAACAUGGCUUUUACACUUGUGACUCCUUCAUGAUAGUGGUGGGAACGGGCACACGCUCCUGGGUCCUUGCUAGACUCCAGGACGAGGGCCCUGUUAUCCAGACUAGACUAUGUCUGAGGAUGACAGAUGUUGCCCAGGUGGGAAUGGGAUGAGGUUCUGGGAUGGUGGCCCUCUGAGUCCCUGGUCCAGGUGGGGCAUGCCUCUUAUUCUGUUGGGCACUUCGUUUACUCUGCUGCUGAGUAGGUAGAAUGGGUUUCUUGGGACUGAACUCUCAGAAAAUGUGCAUACUCUGCUCUCACCGAUUCAUCCCUCCUCACCCGGCACUCCCUCACACCUUAGUCUUGAGCCUUGGUCCUGGGUUAAGCUCUCCAAAAAUGUCACCAUCUCUUCUCUCUGCCCCACCUCUCCCCUAGAUCCCUGUACCCCGAGGUCCCCAUGAUAACUUCUAUCCCUGCCCCCAACACACACAUACCUGAGGGGCCCUGAACCCUUGAACUCACCAGCUGUUUCCUUCUCACGCACAAACAUCGUGGGUGCUGCUACAGAGCACCCUUCAUCUGUAGACGGGGAAACCAAAGCCCAGAGGAGUGGCGUGAUCCCUCCGAACUUAGCCAGGGAGCUGUGGUGUCAUGCAGGACCAGAAACACAGGAAUGGGGUCAAGACCUGGGUUUGAAUGACAGUUCCACUUCUGCCCUACUCUAGGAGUCUCAGUUUCUGUAAAAUACAAACAAUGUUCCGGUUCACAAGAUUAUUGUGAGAGAACAAUUACAAAACAAAAACAAAA